AUGAGAGGUGAGCGCGAGGGUUGUCUUAACGGUCGUGCUGUUCACGAUGGCAAGAGGAAGACGGGUGGCGCCGAACGGCUCGAAAUCCACAAUAUCAAAGAUAGAACAACUAUUCUAGGAAAUGUGACUGGUAGCCCACGUAUAAUAGAGAGAAGGGGGCUUAUAUCUAAGUUUCACAAGCCAUUAUGGGUAGCUGGGUGUCUAUUACUGGUGUUUUUAGUUGCUGGGUUACUGGGUGUGCGUGGCGGCCAUCAUGAAGCCGAGCUUUUAUUGGGUAGUGCGUUUAGCUGGACUUGUAGUGGUCUUUUUGGAACACGUAUGGAAGAUGCGAAAGCUUCUCUUUACCAUACAGGAGAGGAAGGAAUCUCGCAUCAUGAGCAUUCGACUUCUGACUCGUCAUUUGUGCAUUUAUCCACCCCACUGAGCAAUGAAAAGCAAAUGGAAGAAUCGGCUCUUGACCCAUUCGUUUUCGCACUGAAACACAUUUAUCAUCAUAAUACUGAGCGAAAGCCUCUUAUUCAUAAAAGACUGGACAUUACUGAAACUUGGCUUAAGGAAGCUUCAGAACUUUGGUGGUCGUCUAUGGCUGUAGAAGAAAUAAGCGAAAGCGAAAAGAGUGAUGAUACUUUAAAUAAUUCGACCUAUUUUAACUACCAAUUGUCAGCCCGACCACGUACUUUUGCAUUUUCUAAAGAAUAUCCUAUCAAAAUGGCGCCUUUCUCUAAAAAGAUACGGCGGAUAGCAGAUCAAUCUCCAGACACUAUGGAAGCAUAUUUGGAGUUUACGAGAACACCCCAGGCCAAAGAAACUAAUUUUAUCAUGGACUUCGAUUGGAUUGACCACGAAGUUCCUGUACCGGAUGUACAAGAUAGAGAUACCAUUAUCACUUUGGCCUAUAUGGCGUCGGAUGCAUAUGUAGAUAUUCCUCAUACGGGUGAUUGGACCAAUGUAAGCGAUCCCUGGAAUAAUGACUCUUCUUUGGGACUUGGUUGGCAAGAAGAUGGUGUAAGAGGUCAUGUGUUUACCAAUGUCGAUAGUUCGAUAGUUGUCAUAUCUAUCAAAGGUACAUCUGCUGCCAUUUUUGACAGUGGUGGAGAUACAGCACCUAAUGACAAAAUUAACGAUAAUUUACUGUUUUCAUGCUGCUGUGCUCGCAUUAGCUAUUUGUGGAAUACAGUCUGCGACUGCUACACUGGAGAUUCUUAUACGUGCAAUCAAGAAUGCCUGGAGGAACAGUUAUAUUCUGAAGAUCGAUAUUAUCGAGCUGUUCUUGAUAUUUAUCGAAACGUUACAUCACUGUACCCCGAUUCAACUAUUUGGGUUACCGGCCACUCUUUAGGAGGCUCAUUAGCUGCUCUUCUUGGCCGAACAUAUGGACUUCCAACAGUAGGUUUCGAGGCUCCUCCUGAGCAGCUAGCUACUAAACGUCUCCAUUUACCUCAGCCCCCUGGUAUCCCUCCGUGGGAGGAUCACAUAUGGCAUUUUGGCCAUACUGCGGAUCCUGUGUUCAUGGGGGUUUGCAAUGGGGCUGGCUCUACCUGUUGGAUUGCAGGAUACGCUAUGGAGACACAAUGUCACACGGGACUCCAGUGUGUAUAUGAUGUGGUGGAAGAUCUAGGCUGGCAUGUAUCGAUGGUGAAUCAUCGGAUCCACGUUGUCAUAGACGAUGUCAUUCUCGCCUAUAACACCACCCCCACUUGUCGGGUGGGCCCCCCUUGUGAAGACUGCUUCAAUUGGAACUUUGUUUAUCCAAGCAUUCCCGAGCCUCCUACUACAACGAACUCGCCUAUAUCUUCCACGACGACCUCAGAGGUUAUCACCUCUCCGGGAACUCCAACUGACACAGGAACUCCCGAGAAGUGCAUUCGGCGGUCAUGGUAUGGCCGCUGUAUCGAAUAUGGCCCUGAUGAUCCGCCAGUCGAUAUUGAACCAGAUCCUGGUAGUGACCAUUUCACUUAG